GAAGCCUGGAAAAAGAGGUGGUAGAGGAAACAGUCGAUAAGAUAUUUGAAAAAGCCCCACAAUGUUUCAGCUGCAGUUGCCGCGUUCAUCACGCGGACAUCACUUUGUACCGGCAAGACUUCGACCUGGUUGAGGAAACUUUCCUACUCCGUUCUUCGGUCUUCCUACCAUCGUUCCCGCAUCCUUCACAAACAAGCUUCGACUGGUGUAGCGCUGAUCAUCUGACGCAAGUUUCGCCUGAGCACCAUGUAUGAGCACAAGAUGCCCAACAUGAAGAGGGCAGUGGGUGUGGGAGUACCCUUGGUGCUGAUCUUGGCCGUCUCUGCGUUCCUCAUCCUGACUGCGUCAAAGAAGGACCCAUUGUCUGAACCCGGACACCGCGUCGUCAAAAGGUCCCUACCAUUGCAUUCUGAACUCGAAGAUGCCCUUAAAGCAGCAGCUGCUGAAGACGCCCCUGCUUACGUCAAGGACAAACGCUUCCUCCCGGCCAUUGCGAAUCUUGCUGGAAACCUUUUAUCAUCAGGAGAGGGCUUCGACGCAGGAAAACUGACUGACACAAUAAAGCAACUGGGCGGCAUGGAGAACAUGGGACCGGACAUCAUGGCGCAAAGUGUGAAACAGGAGGCUGAGGUCGAGGCAGAAGUGGAAAAAGAGGUGGCCCAGGAAACGGUCGAUAAGAUAUUUGAAAAAGCUGAACAGGAAAAGAAAGAAGAGGGCGGAGAUGGUGGUGAUGGCGGUGAUGAUGGCGGUGGUGGCGGCCAGGAGCAUGAGAUAAAGGCUGAAGUGGACUUCGUUGCAGAGAAGGGGAUGGUGGAGGAUGACAUGUUCGCCCCACCAGGGAUGGAGAUGAAAAUAGACGUGGAGGAAGACCCCGAGACGGACAGUGAACCCGAUCAAAGUUCCGAACCAGAGGCGUUCUCUUACCCCAUGGGGAUGGGCUCUGCUUUGAUGAACGGAUGUUUCGGAUCAGGAUACCAAGAGGGCGAUCCGUGCUCGAACCAGAAGGUUGUCGCCCCAGCCUGCAGUAACAUGAUGGAGGGGUGUAGCUACAUCGGGGUCGGCUUUGAUGGUCGCGGAGACUACAGCAGCGCGUCCAGAAGGAAAACAGUCGUGCAGAGGAAUUGUGGAAAAGCGGCAACGUACCAGAAUGAGGACGUUCCUGACACCAUGAACGUUCACGGCAUAUAUGACACGGAAGUCGCCUCCUACGUCUUUGAGUCCAGACAGUCUUAUCGUCAUUCUCUCCAGAUGAAAGCCGGGAUGUCAUUUUCCGGAUUUGGCUUUCAGGCUGCAGUUGAGUCAGCAUAUGGGAAGGAGUCGUCAUCACAGAAACAGGCCUUCAUGUCUCUUAUUCAGUGUAACGUGAUCAGGUAUGAAAUCUUCCUGGAUGAGAUCACGCCGGAUACCCUGAGUCUGCCCUUCCUGCGGGACUUCUUGUCUCUUCCGAAAAAUUUCAUCGAGGGGCAGGCAAAGCUUCAAAAGUUCAUCAUCCGCUAUGGAACUCAUUUCAUCAAGUCAGCAAAGUUUGGCGGUUCCUUCAGGCUGUUUAAGACUCAAGAAGCCUCCAAGAGUGAAAGUUUCGAGGAUUUCUCCAUCCAGGCCCAGGCUUCUUAUAAUUCUCUUGCAUUCAAUGCCGCUGGUCACCUCGGAGUAUCAUCGUCUACUGGAUCCUCACAGUCUUCCAAGACUUCCAACACCCACGUGACAGUAGAAGGAGGCGACCAGGAAGUUGCCUCCAUCGUAGCUGACUUCUACUCCACCGGCUUCAAAGACACCUUCACCGAGUGGCUGAAGUCCAUUCCUACAUACCCCAAACCCAUCGAGAUGUUCAUGGGCACCAUGGCGGAGCUGUUGGACUUGAACUACAAACUUCUCUUCCCUUUUGACAUCAGUGAUGCUGCAGACGGCUGUUUCAGUGAAACCCUGAAGACCGAAGACACCACAGGAAGAAAGUACUAUGAAGUGAAGAAGCUGGUGAACAACAGCAAAGGAGUGAUGGAACCUGUAACUGAGAAACGAUAUUGUGACUUCACGUCAGUGGAAAGGUUUCACGAAGGACUGGACAAGAAACGGCUCGCACUGGAAAGGGCAAUCGUUAUGUACAUGGAAGAGGGACCAGUGCCCACCACGGAUUUCCGUCUGUCGGGGGGCAAACCUGGAUGUACGACUGAAGAGUUGAAGGUGAAGGGGGGCGCUUCGGGAACUACCUACCCAACAUGGAUGGAACUCAUCAAUGGGGACACUUAUAUGAUAAUCUUUGAUAUUCCUGAAAACAUCAACGACGACAUUUCGAAGAACACAGAGGCCUUCCUGGUUUUUGCCAGGGGAAGAUGGAAUUGCCACACUGCCGGAAGACAAAUACACAUGUACGACAGCCGUAACAAUGGAGGGAGUGGCGAUACCAACAACAGGAAGGUCUCCUGCUUUGGUUUUGUGAUGACAUACAAUGAAGCAACCGGAACGUUUGAUGUCACACCUCAAGACCAAGAAGCAUCCAAACAGGUUUUAGGAAACUUGCCACGCAACUACGCAGACUGGAAUGUUGCCAGAGCUGAGUAUGUCAGCCCGUUAGAGCACUCCCGGGCAAAGGGCCGUUCUUUAACCGCUAUACUCGAGGCGCCCUGCACGGUGAAGUGGUCCAACUCUUACCAAAUCAAGCCCGCGAAGGCGGGAGGACAGUGUAUCUACUUCGUUGCGGCGUCUUCAGGCGACAUUUUUGUGGUGUUCUCCGCCAUUCCGAGGGAUAAGACCACCUGGUACCAUCUCCAGAUCAGUUACCAGGGUGUUGCGCUCUACAAGGGAAUGAAGCUGGUGAAAUACGAGGGAGCGAAGAGUGCCCGAAGUCUCGGCGACUCCAAACUGUUCCAGCCGUACUUCAUUUGCCUGGAUGAAGACAAGGAAAACCAGCGAACCUACAUCAAGUAUGGCAUCGGCUCUGACACUUCCGAGAAAGGACUGAUCUACAUGGUCUACAAUGAUGCCGGCCCACCAUUCGGCAUCCGUUUCUACUCCUUUGGCAGCGGGGAAGAGGACGUGGAGAUCAUGGACGCUCGAAUCAUCGAGGGAGGAGCACAAGGAGAAAUGGAAUGUACGGGAGGAACUAUCAUGAAGGAUGGGAAGUGUGUGGAAGACUGUCACCCAGAGUGUAACGGAUGUAUCCCCAUGUCCCCUGGAUCGAAGCUCGACACGGAAUGCCGCAGCUGUAAGCACUUUUCUUUGGACAAGGGCGGUGGAGUUAUCCAGUGCGUCGCUGUAUGCCCAGCCGGUACCGAACCAGCCCCCGAUGGCAAGACAUGCGCAUGUAGUGACUUUGUCUUUGACAAGGGCGGUGGAGUUACCCAGUGCGUCGCAGAAUGCCCAAGCGGUUUCGAAGCAGGUGACGAUGGCAAGACAUGCGUAUGUAAGAACUUUGUCUUCCACAACGAUGACGGAAGUGUCCAAUGCGUCAAGUCAUGCGGACUCGGUUACGCACCGGGCUCCGAUGGCAAGACUUGCGCUGGUAAGUUCGAUUCGCCGUCUGCCCUUGUACAAGUUAAGUCCUCUACCAAAAAUGAGUAGUCAAUA